AUGGCUGGAGAUGUGCUCCGAGCACCCUCAACGCCAGCUAGGCCGCUCUUGCUCAUCGGCGGCGCCGGCGCGAUCGCGCUUGCGCUCCUUGUCGCUCCGCCCGCCUUUGGUUCCGUCGACACGACCGCUGUGGCGGCUGCAGCCUCGGAGGCUGCGCCGGCGUACGGCGACGUGUGGGAGAAGGCUGCGAAGCGGGCGCUCGGCGGCGGCGUGAGCGGAGCGCUCGCGAGCGUGGCGCAGGUGCUCACGCUCAUGUGGCUCCGAACCGUCAUGAACUACCAGUACGCGUCGGCAGAGCCGAAGAUGCCGAACAGAGCCCUGCAUUCUAGCGCUGCGUCGGUCUGGAGGAUCGGCCUCACUCCGGUCGACACGCUCAAGAGCACGCUGCAGGCGCGCGGCGGCGAGGCGGAGUCCGACCAUCGCAAGUCGAUAGGCGGUGCGCUCGCUUCGGCGGCCGCAUCCUUCGUCGGCUCGUACCCAUGGCAAGCUCCUAGAUAUGAGGAGAUGUGGGGAGGUAUGGGGAGGUUCCUCACCUACAACGCGCUCGACGAGCGGCUGCCCGCCUCCCCCGAGGGCGAGGUCGCCUUGCGCCUCUGCCGCUCCGCGCUGCUCGGCGUCGCCGCCUCGUGUGUGUCAGACUGCACCUCGAACUCUCUGCGCGUGCUCAAGACGCGCCGGCAGACGGCGGCCAACUCGACCUCGUACCUCGACGCGGCGCGCGAGAUCGUCGACGAGGACGGCUGGGCAGCGCUCUUCGUGCGCGGGCUGGGCACGCGGCUGCUGGUCAACGCGCUGCAGGCGGCACUCUUCACCGUCCUGUGGAAGACAAUCGAAGACGUGCUCGUGAACGGAGGCGGCCCAGGCUGGCUCACAUUCGCAGCAGCUGGAAGCCCCGGCCUGUAGAGCCGUGGGCCGACCACCAUGAUCCAUGUAGCGCCGGUCCGGGCUGCGAAAACUUUUAGUUUUUAUCCGCAGAGCGGAGAGAGAGGGA